AUGGCGAGCAACGAAUACUACAACCAAGGCCAGCAGCCUGGCUAUGGCCAUCCCCAAGCUCCCCAACCCAGCUACGGCCCUCCCCAGGGCGGAUACAAUAACCAAUACGGCCCUCCGCCUCCCCAGCAAGGCUACGGUCAGGGCUACCCACCGCCUCAGGGCCAGCCGCCGAUGCAGUACCAACAGGCGCCCCCCCCCGAACAUGACACCCGGGGCAAGAGGGGCGGUAGCAACAACUGCCUGUUGGCUUGCAUAGCUGCUCUCUGCUGCUGCUGCGCCGCCGAGGAAGCAUGCGAGUGCUGCGUCGACUGCUGUGAAUGCUUUUGCUAA